GAACUUGUCGUUUCAGCGCAUCGGGUGAAUAAGGCUGCCCUGCGCGGCUGCGCCUAUUUUGCGCAUUUGUUUUUUUUCCGAUCAGGCACCGCGUGGGGCAGCUACUUGAGCCGCUGACAACUUUGCGCUGUUGAGUUGGCAUUUCUCUCGCGGGUGCCAGACUGCGCGGAGGGAAGCAGGAGCUGGAGGGUCGCUCGCUUUCUGGAGAAGGAGCAGGUAAAGAGACAUUUGAAGAGGCUCAACACUUCAUCCAGAGUGAAAGGAAGAAAUGACGUUCAGAAAAGUAAACAUUUUCAUUUUGGUGCUUGCUGUUGUUAUAUUUUUGCUAGUGUUGCAUCACAACAUAUUGGGUCUCAGCGAUCUCUUGAAAAGGGAAUUAUCAGAUUCAAGUCCAUUAGGCCUCCAACCGAUAGAUUUUAUACCUGAGGCACCUCAAAGGUUAACAGAGGACUGGAAUGACAAGGAGAUUCCUGUGGUCAUUACAGCAUCUGAUGAUAGGCUUGGUGGGGUAAUUGCAGCUGUGAACAGUAUUCAGCAGAACACCAAGUCCAAUGUGGCCUUCCAUAUUGUCACCUUGAAUGACACAGUGGACCAUCUGAGAUCAUGGCUUAGUAAAACUAGUCUGAAAAAUGUGAAAUACCAAAUACAUGAUUUUGACCCUCGUAUGCUGGAUGGAAAAGUGCAGGUUAAGUCUGAAAUGCCAGACUCGAUUAAACCUCUCACCUUUGCAAGAUUCUAUCUGCCUAAUUGGGUCCCUAAUGCAGAAAAGGCCAUUUACUUGGAUGAUGAUGUGGUUGUUCAAGAUGAUAUCUUUGAACUUUACAACACUCCACUGCAACAGGGUCAUGCAGCUGCAUUCUCAGAUGACUGCGACUCUACCUCAAAUAAGUUUGCAGUUCGUGGAGCAGGAAACCAGUACAAUUACAUUGGAUUUCUCGAUUAUAAAAAAGAAGCAAUUCGGAAGCUGUCCAUGAAAGCAAGUACCUGCUCUUUCAAUCCGGGUGUCUUUGUUGCAAAUCUAACUGAAUGGAAACGACAGAACAUCACUCAGCAACUGGAGAAAUGGAUGGUGCUUAAUGUUGUAGAGGAAAUAUACAGUCGGACUCUUGCAGGCAGUAUCACUACACCCCCUCUGCUCAUUGCAUUUUACAAGAGACAUUCAAACCUUGAUCCUAUGUGGAAUGUGCGCCAUCUUGGUUCGAGUGCUGGCAAAAGAUACUCUCCACAGUUUGUGAAAGCUGCCAAACUACUCCAUUGGAAUGGACACUUCAAACCCUGGGGAAGGACCGCAUCCUACGCAGAUGUUUGGGAAAAAUGGUACAUUCCUGACCCUAGUGGCAAAUUCAACUUGAUUCGGAGGCACACUGACACUUACGAGGCAAAAUAAGAUGGAAGUGAUACACCCCAUAUUCUUCUCAGGAACCAGACAAGACCAUAGAGUGCAGUUGGUAAUGCUACAUCCAUUCAGAGUUUUAAAAUGGAGACACACUUAAGUACUUGAAAUGCAUGCUUAAGAGAGGAAGCCUCUUUAAGCAGAGGAACCUCCACGAAACUAGCAUUUUCAACCAGAUGGGAUAUUAAAGAAUGACCUUCUAGGGAUAAAAUGUUUCAGUAGACACUGCACCCAAGACUUUAUCACAGCUGGUGCUGGGAGAGUGUCUCGUGUUGCACAGCAACUUGAUGUACUAAAAAGCUGCUACCACUUUUUACUGUUACUUAACCUGUGAAUAUAAGCUUUUUGGUGGAUCCCUCCUAUUGCUUGAAGAUCCAUUCAGAUUCUUACAGCUAAUUUGAAGUUUGAUUGUGGAUUUAAAAAAAAAAAUCUGCGUUCCAAACACUAUUUUUAUAGUAAAGUUUCUUUUAAUAAAACUAUCCAUCAACAGUAAAGCAGCCCUUAUUUCUUAAAAAAUGAAUUUUAUGAUUUGAUUUAUAUUCAGAUUUAUGGAUUGUGUGCAGGCAACUGAAAUGUGAAUGGUAACUUGUGCUUCACAAUAUAUCACUCCCUCGGUGCCCACGUAGCAGUUCGAAAGCAUGUCAAAGUGCAAGUAGAUAAAUAGGUACCCUUCCGGCGGGAAGGUAAACGGUGUUUCCGUGCGCUGCUCUGGUUCGCCAGAAGUGGCUUGGUCAUGUUGGCCACAUGACCCGGAAGCUGUACGCCGGCUCCCUCGGCCAAUAAAGCGAGAUGAGCGCCACAACCCCAGAGUCGGUCACAACUGGACCUAAUGGUCAGGGGUCCCUUUACCUUUUAAUAAACUAAUUGUACUUGAGUUCCUAUCAAUUUGGAAGCAAAAUCCCACCCUGCAAAAGUUAGUGGUUUUUAUGUGUUCAGUGAGCUCCUUGCAUAUGCUGAUCUAUAAACAUCUGUACAUCUAAAAGGGGGGGAAAUGCCCACUGCCACCAAGCUAAGGAUCUGUGAGUUUCCAGGACUUGAGGUUGAUAGUGAGCCAACAGAUACAAAAAAAUCUUAACACAUUCAUAUUAAAUACAAUGGUACCUCAGGUUACAUACGCUUCAGGUUAGACUCUGCUAACCCAGAAAUAGUACCUCAGGUUAAGAACUUUGCUUCAGGAUGAGAACAGAAAUUGUGCUCCGGCAGCGCAGGAGGCCCCAUUAGCUAAAGUGGUGCUUCAGGUUAAGAACAGACCUCCGUAACGAAUUAAAUACUUAACCCGAGGUACCACUGUACUAAACAAUAGGAACAUGUGUCAUUUUGCUGCUAACUUUAGCAGGUGAGAACAGCCCAAACAUUGUCUUUCAACUUCUUGAAAACUGAGCGAGGGCCCAUUGGUGUAAAAGGCUGCCAGUAUUAUGGGACCUGCAUCCCUUCUUUGUCCUUGGACCUUUUAAAUUUUCUUAUUUUUCGAACCUAUGGUCUGUAUGUGCACAUUCUAAGCUUGGAAGCCCAUGAGCUUGGUGGUCAUGAGCCUGAGACUAAAUGAUCAUCGUUCCUCUGUCAUUGGUUCAGUUGUAUGUGCAAUUACAAGUUAUGGCAAGAUAGCUGCUUGCUUCGCUGAGUGAAAAAGAACAUGGAGGUUUAUGAACAGCAUUACUAAUUGUAUAAUGCCUUCCUGGCGGACAAGUUGAAUAAAAAACCCUUGCUGCUUUUGUAUAUAAUUGAAGAACCACACAUUUCAGUUAAAAGCAUAUUAAAAAGUGAAGUUUUCUGUG